CGCGUUCUCCCAUGUGCAAUACAGUGCAACAAUAUGUUGGGCAUGAUUAUAGAAUUAUUCCCUCUCUCCUUAUUGAUCCCCCCUUUAAGAAGCCUUUCGCAUCCAUACCCCCCUGUCAGUGUGUCCAGAAAAAACAAACUGCUCGUCAUCUUGUCUACUCGUAAGAGGGAAAUUUUGCUGAUGCAGUAAUGUCUGGAAAUGGUAUGGUUCGCUUUUGCCCCUUAAUGUAUCUCCCGCCUGAGCUGAGCUGCAGCAUUUCAAUUUCUCAUGCAGUAUAAGCCAUUUACACCAAGGUGCCGCCGCGCGAGCAGGAGCGGAGGGAGGACGUUGCGGCUUCAUGUUUUCUUUCAGCCUUUUUUCUGCUUCUUGUCUUUUAGCACACGUUUAAAUUGAAUGUAAAGCUUUGUAAUACAUCUCAAAGCCAUAUGUGCAUUUUUUUGUUUCAUUAUAGCACCGCUUGCGAAUGUCGUGAAUCAUUUCCGUCAUUUAUGGAUGUGAUAUUUAUGGAAAGCAACCGAACAGUUUGAAAGUGAGAAGAUGUGAAGAGCCUUUUACAAGCGUAUUUUCUACAACAAAAGGGAAUCGAGGGUGCUUUACUGACAGGAGACUGGCAGAAGACGCAUUCCUUCAGUAGAGGCAGCUGUAGUGGAUGCAGUGGAAUGGAGCGAUGGUCGAAUCAGUGACAACCGCAGUGGGGCCAUACUGAGGAAAGAUCAAGUUAUACCAUACACCCAGGGAUCGAGAUAGAUCUGAGGGUCUGGAAACGGAGAAAAGGAAGGAAAGCGACGCCUUUGGGAGCGCAGUUAGAUGUCUACUCAAUUAAAUUAACUCCUGCGGAGCUCCAUCUUUGACCUGCAGGAUGACAGUCGUGGCUGGGGACAACAUGGACGAGACCUCUGCCGUGCCGGGGCAUCCGCAGGACACAUACCCCCCUGACCAAGAUGAUCACGAAUGCUGUGAACGGGUGGUCAUCAACAUAGCCGGGCUGCGCUUUGAGACCCAGCUCAAAACUCUUGCCCAGUUUCCAGAGACUCUGUUAGGUAACCCAAAGAAGCGAAUGCGGUAUUUUGAUCCCUUGAGAAACGAGUACUUCUUCGACAGAAAUCGUCCAAGCUUUGAUGCCAUCCUCUACUACUAUCAGUCUGGGGGAAGACUGAGAAGGCCUGCAAACGUCCCGUUGGAUAUGUUCUCAGAAGAAAUUAAGUUCUAUGAACUUGGGGUGGAGGCGAUGGAGAAGUUUCGUGAAGAUGAGGGCUUCAUUCGCGAAGAAGAGCGGCCCUUACCGGAGCGUGACUUUCAACGGCAAAUCUGGCUUCUUUUCGAGCAUCCCGAAAGCUCAGGGGGCGCCAGAGGAAUUGCUAUUGUGUCUGUUAUGGUCAUUUUGAUUUCCAUUGUCAUUUUCUGUUUGGAGACUUUACCUGGACUGAAACAGGACCCUGAGGGGCGAAUGCACACUGUAGGCAAUAGCACCUUCUACUACAAACCAAACAUCUUGAAAGAUCCCUUCUUCAUCGUAGAGACCCUCUGCAUCAUCUGGUUCUCAUUUGAACUGAUAGUGCGCUUCUUUGCUUGCCCGAGCAAAGCAGCCUUCUUUAAGAACAUGAUGAACACCAUAGACAUUGUGGCCAUCAUCCCCUACUUCAUCACACUGGGUACAGAGCUAGCAGAGGAACCAGACUCAAAGGAGGCAAAGGGAGAGCAGGCAACAUCACUGGCCAUCCUCAGGGUGAUCCGUCUGGUCAGGGUGUUCAGGAUCUUUAAGUUGUCCAGACACUCCAAAGGCCUUCAAAUCUUGGGACAGACCCUGAAAGCCAGUAUGCGAGAGCUUGGAUUGCUUAUUUUCUUCCUCUUCAUUGGUGUCAUAUUGUUCUCCAGUGCUGUGUAUUUUGCAGAGGCAGAGGAAAAAGAGUCCUACUUCACCAGCAUCCCAGAUGCGUUCUGGUGGGCAGUUGUGACGAUGACCACCGUAGGCUAUGGGGACAUGGUGCCAGUGACUAUAGGGGGCAAGAUCGUGGGUUCACUGUGCGCCAUCGCUGGUGUGCUUACCAUCGCCCUCCCCGUGCCAGUCAUCGUGUCCAACUUCAACUAUUUCUACCAUAGAGAAACCGAAGGAGAGGAACAGGCCCAACUCCUCAACGUGAGCAACCCGAACAUUGCCUCCGAUUCCAACUCCAGUCGUCGCAGCUCCUCGACCGUCAGCAAGUCUGAGUACAUGGAGAUAGACGGAGACAUAAACAACAGCAUCGACAAUUUCAGAGAGGCCAACCUCAGAACUGGCAACUGCACUAUCCCAAAUCAGAACUGUGUAAACAAAAGUAAGCUGCUAACCGAUGUUUAGAGACACUGUAGAAAGUUCGGUCACAUACAUAUGAAUGCUUACUUUACCUCCUCUCGAGAGCCCUUGCGAUGCAAAUAUCUCUACAAUGCAGAUGAAUGAAAAAGACUACACCAAAACAUAUAGCACAUAACUGCAGCGAAUGAGGCAGAUGAUUCAGUAUAUACUUAGUCUAAUAUAUUUCCAAAGAGGAUGAUUGAGAAAAAAGCCUCUUCCAGCACCUAGCUAACAUCCACAGGCAUUGAAGGACUCUCGACGACGGGAUUACUUAAACAUCACGCAUGGACUGCAGACUACAUUUCAGCAAGCUGCACACUGCAUCCGAGAAAGUGCAUAAAAUACCAAGUGCAGUGUUCGGUGGACGCCUCGUCUGUAGGUAGUCUUCCUCAACUGACCAGCAAAGCACCUUAUAUGAACAAGACUUAUCUUCUGCUGGGAUGCUACGGAGGCCAAGGUCAUCGCCUCAUGGACAUCCGCAUUGCUGCUAUUUUCCAGCAGAUGCUGUAAUUUAGAAAUCACCAAGUGAUUAAAUGCCAUGCCCUUUAGAUAUAAGACUGCACAAUGCCGAAAGAGGAGCCUCAUAGUUAGCAUGUUCUGAUUAUCCUCAUUUUGAUAUUGGCAUGCAUCGGACAUUACCUCAUGAUUAUAGGAAAUCCAUUCCUGUUUUGCUUUUCGUUCGCGUUCAGUUCCAUCGGCUCCCCUCUCCAUAGACCUCCUCUCAUUUGUCACCAUGAAAAGUGCACUAGUGUGUCAUGAUUUGAGAUGCUUAUCAUUUAGGUGUAUUUAAAGACUGAAUGUUUAACCUUAAUGAUAUCAUAGCAUGUCAAAAGAACCUGCAUUAUGGCCUAAUCAACUAAGGUACUGUGUAUCCUAGUAUAUUUAAUGCAUGACAUCGGUAUAAUACAGCUUGUUGCAAUUGAGAUACCUCAUAAGGGUGUCGCUGUUACAAUCAGGGAAACUAGGGACGUUGAUUCCUUGACAUUUUCUGAAAUGUGGCAAAAUAUAUAUGCAAGCCCCAACACUGGGAUGCAAACUUUUCAAUCUAAAAAGUAGUCAAAGACAGAAAAAGAACUAUCGAGAUACUAUCAAAUGCAUAUACUCAUACUAAGCGCACCUGUUUAAAAAAAAAAAAGAAAAAAAAAAGGGAAAAUUUAUAUAACUUAAAAAGUGCAGUGCAUGGGCAUUCUCUUUCUCUCGAGGAACAAAAACAAAAAAACAAAAAAAACCUAUGGGCAAUUAUACUUCACGCUUCCAUUUUGCAAUCAAAUUUAGGAUUUACGAUAUGAAAACUUGCUUUAUUUAGCUUAGCAGGAUGCAAAAGAGAUCAUGGCAGAAUUACUCAUAUUAGUUGCUAGUGCCUUUGACCCUCUCAGCAACCGGACAGGUGAAAGUGCCUCUGAGUAACUGGAGUUUUAGGCAGGGCAAGGGAACAAUAUCUGCUCUAGAACUGUCAUAAUGUAUAUUGAGGCUGGUCGUUACAGUGUAUACAGAGUGCUUUUCAUUUUCGUUGUUGUUCUUUUGAACGUUACACAUGGUUGUCAGGCACAAAUGCUAACCUUUUCUGUGUUUUCAUUUGACAGCUGAGCUUAAAUCUGAAAUUGGACAUUUGGACCUUUUAGAGUUUCAAUCUGCAUAUCAUUGUAGUUUUGAUUAUGUUGUGCCAUAAUAAAGAUUCUACCUCAGUGAGGUCGCUGCACAGCUCACUGCAGAGCAGAACAUGAGAGUACAUAACAGCCUGUGAAGUGUGAUGAUACGUCAGAAAUAAUACACUUAGAGUACCCCAGAAUUAGCCUUUUUGCGAGCACUUAAAACAAACGCAACAAUGCGAGCGCCCCGACCCCUCGGAUCUGAAACGUUCCCUUGCUAAGCACAAUCAACAUUCAUUUUGAAUCUGUUUUUGAACAUCACAGUGCUUUUUUAUUUUUAUUUUUGUUUUUUACAAGAAAGAGAUCCGGGGAGAGAAAACAGUAUGGGCUUUCAUAUACCACAGGGUACAAAGUUAAUUUUUUACAUUGUUAAAAAUGAGCUAAAUCUGUCAUUUUGAAGUAUGUCGUCUUAAAGUCAUGUCUACUUAAUGUUAAAAGUCAUGCUUAGCCUAUUAAGACUAUAUUACACCUGCAGGUGCUGUAAAGAACACAUUUUAAUGCAGUCCUAAUUGAUUUAUUAAGUGUACUGAUGACUUGAGCAUUAAUGUGAAAUCUUGUGUUCAUGGUAACAUUGGCCUUUCCAGCGCAAUUUUUAUUUUUCUUGAUAAUUAAAAAACACUUUAAAAUAGCCGCUAUUAAAUUAGUCUGUUUGGGGUAAUUUCAUUUAACGAACACAAGCAAGUCUGCCAGAGCAGCUCGUAAACAAGUUGCCAGAUCAUGUGAUCUUUAUUGAUCCAUGAGGUGUGAUUGUAAUCAAAGGCAAGCAGCGGUAUUUUACCUUGGGCAGUUUGCUGUAACACUAACAAGGGUUUAGUCACAUCUGCCGCAUCUCUGUGUCAGGAAGGACUAUUCAGGGUUUAUUUCAUCUGCUUUUUGUUUUAAAUUCAUAACAUUGCUUCAGAGAAAGAAAGAAAAAUUGGCUUAGCAAGCAAAACAAAUCAUUGUGUUACCUUUUAGCUCGAAUUAAAGAAUUCACAUGCAUGAUUUUCAUGCGACUUAUUUUAUCACAACAGUUUAAUACAGUAAAUGGAACAAUUGUUAAACAAGGACUAACUGUUUCUACUGGGCAUGUGAGUGGUGAUCAAAUCCUAUGGUGCUAGGCAUAAUCCUUUAUUUAAUAUCUACACCAUAAAUCAUAGCAAUAGGGAUUAAGUGUAUUAUACUGUAGGACUGUCCAGAAUGCUCAUUUUUAUAUUCACCAAGGGCUGUGGCAAACUUUUGAUAAGACUAGAGAUUUAAACCUAUUAUAAUGCAAGAGAAAAAAAUCAUUUCCGCCAGUGGAAAAAAAAUCAUAUUUUAGUUCUUGAGAGACUAUAAUUAGAACAAAAAUAUCCCCUUAACAAGUAUUGCUUCCUUUCCUCUAUUGGAGCAAACUACUGUAUGUUAAUAGAAGUUUAUUUGGCCUCUGAUCUGAGGUGAGGACAAUUUAUGAGCAACGUUUUAAAUAAAUUAUGGCUUAGAGGUACAGUAAGUCUUUUAUUAGUUGAGUCUGUGUAAAUCCAUAACACAUUACAUAUAUUUCCGUACUUAUUUGGUCGUUUUCUAUUUAUAUAUUUGCAUCACUCCGAAUUUCCUAACAACGUAAUCUAACUUUAUUUCAAGAAGGAAUGGAAGAGAAAAUACACUGUAGUGGAAAAAUAAAAACAAUUAAUGACUGACAUGCCAUCAUAACUAUUACUAAGUAACAAGAUGUGGAAAGCUAGUUGUCAAAAAAUGAGAACGCGUAGUUGUGCUCCCAGGUUGUGGCCUUUUGGAGGAUGUUGCAGACAUACUUAUUUUCUUCACCUGCGUGGCCUCGUCUAGCUAUAUUACCAUGUUGCAUCCAUAUGGCACUAUAGUUAACUGUGCUUUAAAGAACCCAUGCCCUUGAUAAAACUACAGUAGACUCACAAACGAGUUUAUAAGACAAGCCAUCACAAAUAUAUAGGAAGAUUAUAGCUUGUAUUAUCGAUAUCACGAAAUAAAUCAAAUAAAUGGCAUUAGCAUCAAAAAUGUACUGUACAUUGAACUUUUUUUUUGUAAUAACUUUAAGUGAUACCGCCAUACCAAAACUCAACAGCAACCUAGCAAUUGCAAAAAUCUGCAUGGUGUAUGGAAGACUGCAUGAGCUUAGCCUUUCAAAACUGAGGAUCAACUAUAUGGUUGCUUUGUUUUUAAGCCCUUGCUGUCAUUUGUUCCUAAAGCCAUCUUCAUUAUUUACACACCAUCGUUGUUCCCUUUUCUUUGGGGAAAGAUUCUUUAAUCCGUCAACUCCACUGAUCAGAUAUUUGUUUUUGGAUUAUUGAUUGAUUUAUUUAUGCUUCAUUUUGCUGUUUGCUUUCAGGAUGCUGAAUGACACAAGUCGUGCAUUAUAAUGUCAUGGAAGUGAUGCAUUUGACGAAACAUUUAAUUCCGCCAAAAAAGAAAGCAGGACCGCCGACCUAGAGUCCAUGCAGUGCUUGCAUACUGACCAUCUCAGCUACAUGUUUAUGUUAGACAGAUGAUGACGUCAUGCUAAUGUUUGUUCUGUGUACAUCUGGUCAAACUGUUCAUGUUGUCUUCCCAUGUUUCUGUAUGUUUUCUUGUCUUCGUUAUGCUAAAUUGUGUUACAAUGUUUUGAUUUUGUUGUACAUUGACAAAGGCAUGGUCUGUGAUCUAUGCAAGGGUUCUUUUGUUUCUUAUGUCAAAUAUGAUUUGAUCAUACAUCCAAAUCAAUAAAUUUUUAAUUAGCAGCUG